GAAAACCUCAGGAAGCGAAACGACCGAUACUACCCAAAGAUAAUUCAAGAUGGGAGUUGUAGCUCAAUUUUUUCGCGAAAUUCUGCCAAAUUAUCUCAAAAAUCUGCCAAUCCCAUCAACGUUUGGCGAUUUUGCCGAAAUGACAGGGAAAGACUGGGUUGCACUUGUUCCUCUGGUUGGAACAAUUUCCUUUCUAAUAUUCGUCACAGCCAGAGCCUUUGCUCCAGGAUGCAGUGAUAAGAAGGCUGCUUGUGUCAACCCGGAUAUCAAGAAGAACAUUGAAAAGGUAGCAGAUACUGUUGACAUUGAGGACAUUGGUGAGAAAGCUGCUUUCUGUCGGUGCUGGAGAUCAAAGAAGUUCCCGUAUUGUGAUGGCUCUCACAAUCAACAUAACAAAAACUGCUGUGAUAACGUUGGACCUCUCAUCAUUAAGAAAUCUUCAUAGAUUAUUUUGCUGUGGUAUCCAUUGUCAUAUCAAUGUUUUGUGGAUGCUCCUAGCUUCCAUGAUCACUGUACUCUUAGUCCUUACAUUGGCUGUCCCGAGGACAUGAUUAAUAAAUUUAUUGACUAUUCUUGACAAGUCGCAGCAGCCAGAGUGAAAUGUAACAUAGUCCACAACUCAGGUAUAGACUGUAACUGGACUACUAUAUUAUGUCACUCAUCUAGCUAUGCAGUGGUAAAGUAUUAUACCAUAAUCAAAUGAGAAGCUUGCUUUGAUCAAAACACUAAUUUGCUUUGUAUACAUGUAUGUGCUAAUACUUCUCCGGAGGUAAAGGAAAUUCCAAAAAUUUUAAAAUUGGUUUUUCCUGUUCUACUCUUGUAAUUGUUGACAUCAAAUCUAGAGUUUAAAAACCCUUUGGGCCCAUGGAUAGUUUCAGUAGGUUUAGUAUGUAGUACCGGUACACUGAAUUCAGGGUGGGAUAUCAGAUUUGUGUCAAUUAUCCAUCAGUUCAUGCAGUUGUAGUAAUGGUAUUCAGGACUUCAUUACCAGCUGUGCAUGUACAUGUACAUUGCUUAUUAUGGUGCGACUGCAAGAUAAUACAAGGAGUUAUCUGUUGAUAUUGGAUGUUCAUGUAAUCUAACAUUAAAUCGGGUUGUAAUGUAAUCCUGUACGACAUUGACAUGAACUCCCUGCUGCUUUGUAUUUAUGAGGCAUUUUAUGUUAAUGAAGGCUGUAAAAUGUUUGGAAUCUAUUAAUAUGUAAACAUUUUUGAUUAAAAUUUGUGUUAUUGUAUGUCCUUUGUAAAUUGGGCGAUCAUACAUCGAGAUGUAAAGAAUAUACUUCAUGUUUUCUGAAUAAAGAUUUGACAAUUUGAAAACA